AGUCUGUAAUUUCAAGUACAAGAAGUGUUUAAGCGAAAUUGAACAUAAAUACGAUCCUUUAACGAAAGAGAGAUCAAUGGCAUCUUCACUAAAGAAAUCAUUUAAGGUUAGUGCAGAAGCGCAUAACUUGCUGACAACACAGCUUGGCUUUAAAGUCCAAGUUAAUACUAGACAGGAUGGAAAAAGAGCAAUUACUGAACUUAGUACAUUAGCACAAAACGAAGAAAUUGAAGAGUACAAGUAUCAAAAUUCAUUAAAUACUCAUGAUUCAGCUUUUCCAAAAAACAAAGGACUCGAAUCUGAUUAUGAACCACAUAAGAGGCAGUACACCGAACCAAUUGCAGAUGCUGGAAACAAUCCGUUUUUUGAAUCAGAGAAUAAUUUGGACAAAGAAGAGAAUUCUUCUCUAGUUCAACAACUACAAACUAAAGAUGAAUCACAACGGGAUAAUAAUGAUGUAUCAUAUGAUAAAGAAUCCCCAAAUUUGUAUGAUGUAGAUUUCUAUUCUACUUCAGAUGAUGAAUUACCUGAGGAAGUGAAGCAUUUGGACGUGAAUGAUGCAUUAAUUCAGGAUAUCUUUCUUGAAGUUCUACAUCAAUUCCAAUCCAAUGAUCUUGAAUCAGGAAAAACAAUAAUAAGUUCAAAUUUUUUAAAUGGAAUAAUUGAUAUAACUGAUUCUAGAGUGAAGGAAAGUAUACGAUCAAAGUUGAAUGAAGAACAGCAAACAUGA